AUGGAGGAGCUUGAAGAGUACUUUUACGAGUUUCUCCCAGGCCCGCUUCCCGAGAAAGCGCCGCCGAUAGAAGAUGAGUCUCCACCGCCGUUGCUCGCCACCUCAGUUCUCCUCUUCGUGAAGCAGCUCUUCUCCUCCUCCUCCGGCCACCCGCAGUCUCCCGACGAAUCGUCUUCCGCCGUCUCCCUGUCGCCGGUGAAUAUGCUCUCUGGUUUUCAUGGGUCUCAGUUCUGUGAUGUUGGGAGCUCCUCCGCGCUCAGCUCUCUCGACCUUGACGUUGUGACCCACCCGAUCCUCCGGAUCCUCCAGAUCUGGGCUUUGGUUCCCCUCCCUUGUAUCCUCCGAGGACUUGCUGUUGGCUUCUUGGUGUCUUUGUGCUGGAGGAGGCAACUCCUUGUCCGGGUUAUUCCCGGCUCUUGUAUUAGCCUCCGACCUCUCCGCUACCACUACCAUCUCACCGGUUCCGUCGACUACGAGUUCGACAGCCUCUCUCUCCCUCGUCGCCCCUCCUCUCCAGUCCCUCCAGGGAGCAUGUUAUUGAAGGUUGUUGUGCUUGAAGCAGAAGCGAGGAUGUUUGACAUUACGUUCGGCACUUCUCGUUCAGCAUUGGUGUAUGCUGACUUUAUGGCCUUAUUGAUCUUGGAGGCUUUAUCUCCUCUUCCGUGUGGUGGUUACAAGCAGGAUUGCAUAGCUAAAGUUGAAGUCUUUAUCGCUUGCCCUUGUUUGGAUGCACCUUUAUCCCUAAGGUUUUCUCCGAUCUCUUCCUCUCUCUCCGCCGCUCAGAUCUUCCCCGUCUCUAACUCCUUUUGGAUCCCGAUUCUCCUCCUUUUUAUGUAG